AUGACCAUCGCUCAAGGCACUCGCGAGUUCAAGUUUGUCGGCGCCUACAGCCGUAAGCGGCGCCGUAUGAACCAACCUGGGGCCGAUACAAAGCCAUCCAGCUCGGAGAUUCAAAAGCCGCCUCAGAAUGAGCCUCCAGAAGCUGUCACUGGUGCCUCGACUGGCCGGAAAGGUUUGGACACGCCUACCAAACCCCAACCAAAUGAGGGACCGUCUCCUCCGAAAACUUCGCCUCCUGCCAACGUGCAAUCUGAAGAUUUGGACUUGGGACAUGCGUUACCAGAGGUACUGCCUCCUACGGAAGUUCACAAUCCUGUUCUGGAUAAUGAAGCGAUAUUGCCUCAAAUUGAUGCUUCGAGAUCGGACCCUGAUAUUGACUGGUCAUACUCAAACCUGAUGAACCCAUUCUUGGACUUGACUCCUCCAUUCAUCGCUCCAUUCGAUGCUCCCAGCUACCCUCUUGCCAUGCCCCUUUAUUUUACACCGGAAUUUCCUCUCAUGCACUUUGAGGAUGACUCUUCGGCCAACGAAUCACCCCUUGAUAACCUAAAUGGCCCCAAGCUUCACCCGGAUCUAGACGGAGAUCUAAAAGGCACAUCUGUUGGCUGUGGACAAUCGAACUCCUUUGACGGUAUUGUGUUGCCAGCCUUAGAUUCGCAUGAAGGUUCUGGCAAUAUCGGCAUCACCAUCACACAGCUCCUCAUCAGAUAUGAUCAAGAGUUCUGCGUCACACCACUAACGCACGACUUUGAGGCAAAUCCGUUCCGGGUGGACAAAGAAACUAAACGUGGCUCACAGCUUCUACUUCACUCUAUAUUGGCUCUCUCCUAUCGUCACAUUAAUCGCGACACGGGCAAUUAUGCUGUGGAUGCCAAGCGCCAUAAGAAAAAGGCACUCAGAAUGCUCAACGAUAUGGAGGGCGAAACAAAUAUUUCACCCAUUGAGGCCAACUUCCUUGAUGCUGUUUUGAUCCUCAUGACAUUAGAUUGUGCUAUAUCAGCCCAUGGCCCGUGGAAUUGGUACUUGAAGCGGGCGCAUAAAAUGAUACAGGCAACCGAGUCUCUGAAUGUCAAGAAGACCCCGAGAAUGCAAGCCCGGAUAGAAAUGCUGGUUUGGUGGGACGUAACUUUGUCCCUUACUAGCCGUCAAGGAUGUGUUCUCUCCGAAUCUACCAUUCUCAGUCUCUUCAAUCGCGAUAAUGGGGAUGACGCCACCUUUUACAGUGUCUCCGGCUGUCCGGAGGCUCUUUUCCGUCUUAUGGUGCGACUUGGAUCUUAUGCGAGGGAGUUCGAGCUUGUCUCUGACAUGGCCUGCGCUAAAUUCGAUUUGGGACCAGUUCUUGAGGUUGAAAAGACUGUGCGAGAAUGGAAAGAUGCCGAGUACGGAGAGCUGUUAGACAGCUGUGCUGGUUAUCCCAUCUUAGCCGACAAUGCCGUACCGAACCCUGGUUGUGAUGAGGCAGAAACGGCGCAUUACAGAGAGGACCUGCAUCACUGCGCCGAAGCAUGGCGGUACGCGCUUCUCAUAUAUAUCUUACGCGUCUUCAAAUGGCAGCGCGACCAGCCUCCUCCAGCCAUCCUUCAAUUUCUCGCGCGGAAGACACUAAACCAUGUGUCAGCGUGCAGACACACUUCUAUGCUUCAGAAGCAAUUGCUUCUCCCAGUAUUCCUAGCAGGCUGUGAGACCUCGGACAAUCAUCUACGAGACGCAGUUCGUUUCUAUUGCAACUGGUGGACAGAACGAACACGGUACGACAUGUUUCUUACUGCCGAGGGAUUGCUCCAGGAAGUGUGGAAUCAAAAUAAUUCACACGCCUGGUGGGGUUCGGUGAUUGAUAGCAAGAGCCGAGCCAAUAUGGGGUCAGGAGAAUCACGGCAAUAUCUCUUUGGUUAA